AUGACCCAUUCAUUGUUUAAUGUCCUUCUCCUCACCUGGACGUGUUGGACAAGAGUAGAAUUAUGCUUGCGGACACGCUCUUCUCACAAGAAUGUCGUGCAUGACAAGGGUUUCGAGGAACUGUUUCGUACAAACACAGAGGAAAUGGAGAACGUGCCCAUACACUUUGAUAAACCGAUACCUCGAUGGAUCACGGGAACAUUGAUUAGAAAUGGACCUGGUCAGUUCGAGGUUGGGAAUCGCCGCUUCUCUCAUAUGUUUGACGGAUUUGGAAAACUCUACAGUUGGCGGUUUAUAGGAAACGGCUCCGUAUUCUUCUCUACUAAAUUCAUCAAAUCUGACUUCUACAGUAAGUCGAUCUCACAGAAAGAUAUAUCUCCAUACGUCCUGUUCGGACCUACUCAUCCACGGUUUAAUCACCUACAGGUGUUGCUAGCCUUGUGGCGGAGUAUGGACAACAUGAAUGUGAACAUUUUUCGAUUUCCCUCCCAGAGAAAUAAAGAUGGCGAUUUUGUUUCAUUAAAUGAUAUCUGGGAUAAUUAUGAAAUCAACCCGUUGUCUCUUGACACGAUUGGGUAUCAACACCCAAAGGUGCCAUCUUUCGGUGGUAUUAACAGUUUCAUUUUUCAGAAUAUUAUGUCGUCCGCUCAUCCACUUCCGGAAUAUGGCACCCCUCACCUUUUCACGUACUUGGUCAGUGUAGCUGUUGUUCCUGGAGUAAAACAUCGCAUUUCACUUAUCCGAAUAAAGUCGACGGAUGAUCGAGAAGUUGUGGCGCAGUGGUCGGUGGACAUACACGAGGUUCCAUACAUGCACUCCUUUUCUGUUACUCCAAACUAUGUGAUAUUUUUCUCCCCACCGCUAUUUGUCAACACGAAAGCACUCCUACCAACUGCAUUCAUUUCAAACGGAUUGAAAUGGCAGGGUGCAAGGAAGAACAUGACGAUACAUGUUAUUGAGAUCAGGACUGGGAUUGUUCGAACCUUUAGCGCGCCGCCAAUUUUCUAUAUGCACCAUAUAAACGCGUACGAGACUUGGACAAAAGAAAUUAUUAUAGACUUACCAACAUAUCCGGACGCCUCACUCAUCUUCGACUUGAACAUGGAAACCUUGCUUAACCGUUCUGAAAGGAAUAAACUGAAUCCACAUUCGAUUUUGACACGUUACGGUAUUAAUCUAAACAGAACGCAGGUUAGUGUGAAGUCAUUUCCGGAAUCGGCCAGGUAUCCGUGUGUAACAAAGUUUGACAUGCCAGUAAUCAACGAAGUUUACCGGUCUCGGAAUUACUGCUACGUGUACGGUAUGGUUCCUAAGUGUGAUGACACGCAGUAUAGCUACAUUGCUCUCGUCAAAAAAGAUCUUUGUGGUAAUGGAAAAGAUCGGAUGUGGUUCUAUCGCUAUCAUUACCCGGCGGAAAUGUGGUUUAUUCCUUUUCCUACCGACAACGAGUCGAAACCUAAAGAAGACGAUGGCUUCUUGUUAGUACCCGUUCUUGAUGGAGAGAAGAAUGCAAGUUAUCUUGCCGUUAUUGAUGCCGUUUCUAUGACAACUGCUCACAAAGCGAACCUACCGACACGUGUUCCUAUGACUUUUCACGGGCGUUUCUUUCACAGUAUCAAAUGA